GUGUUAACUAUAAUGCAAGCAAGAAUUCAGCUAGGCCUAGUUCUGAUCAGAAUUUUAUUUCUGGGUCAAGAAACUUCAAGAAAUCGACUGUGACCGAUCACGAACUGAGUAGAAUUCACAUUCGUUCAGUUGAAUUAUUCAAAGCCGAGACUAGUUCCAGUGAUGAAAUAGCGUUUUCAAAGGCAGGGAGAGCUCUACAGAAAUUAAAAAGUGCUGACAAAACAAAAAUGACUUUUCUAUUUAGAAAUGCACAUGCUGUUGCAGUGAAAAAUAGACCCCUUUCCGAUUUUAAAUGGUUGUGCGAACUGGACAAAGUUAAAUCUUUAGAAGUUGGAGACACAUACCUUAAUGAUAGGGCAGCUUUGAAUUUUAUUCAGGCUAUAGCUGCUACACAACAUGAUGAAGUCAUUAACAACUUGGAACAUGCACCUUUUUUUUCCUUCAUAAUGGAUGGGAGCACAGACAUAAGUGGCGAUGAACAAGAGUCCAUGUAUGUCAGAUCAUGUCACAAAGGUGUUGUCACAGAGAAUUUUCUCAAUAUAGGAAGUCCAAGAAGCACAUGUUCAUCGGAUUUGUACUUUUAUGUCACAAACAUCUUGGAGUCUACUGGCCUACACAGCUUUGCAAAAGAUAAGCUAGUUGGAAUGGGAAGUGAUGGUGCAUCGAACAUGAUUGGUUCCAAAACAGGUCUGGCAACACGUCUAAAAGAGGACUUUCCAGAGAUGGUUUCUGUUCACUGCCUAUGCCACCGACUCGAGUUGGCCUUCAGGGAUGUGUUCAGGAAGGCAGCACUCUAUGAUAAGUGCAUGACUUUACUCAUAGGUCUUCAUUACUUCUACCUGAAACCAAAGCAGAAGACAGGACUUGUCCACACCAUGAAGUCCUUAGGUAUUAAUGGACUUCUUCCUCCUAAAGUGACUGGUACCAGAUGGCUGCCCCACCUCUCACGUGGCUUGACUGCAUUUUUCCGGUCAUAUCCUGCAUUGGAGGCCCACCUGUCAACAGCUAGUCACGGCAAUGCUAAGGCUGAAGGCUUAGCGAAGAUGGUCCUGGACAGACAUCUGGUAGCUUUCAUGCUCUUCCUUCAGAAUCUCCUUGUGCCCCUCCAGAAACUCUCACUGCAACUACAGAGGAACAAUGCUACUCUCUCUGAUGUCCUACUUUGGACUGAGGCUACUACGGAGAUGCUUCAAGAUUGCAAAGAAAGCCAGUGCAAGGAUCUUCACAAAGUUUUGGAACAAGGAACGUAUCAGGAUGUGAAGUUGAAAGGUAGCUGUCCAGCCAUGACCUACAAGUCUGUUUUAGUAGACAAGACUAUGAAGGCCAUAGAGGAGAGGUUCGCCAUGCAGCACUCUGAAUCAGCGGAUAUAUUUGCUGCCACAAAGAUUGCUUGUCUGCGGUCAUGGCCAUCCGUUGAAGAUUCGCAAGAGUUUGGUGACAGUGAUAUCUGUGUCAUAUUCCGGCAAUUCAGCAACACUCUAACCAAGGCUGGAAUAACAAAGGACGUUGUUGAUCAAGAAUGGAGACUGAUGAAGAAAAUACUUUACAAAAGAUUUGGAUCAAACCUCCCACAUCAGAAGUGGGCUGAUAUUCACCGACAGCAUGCAGAGCAGUUUCCUGAACUCCUGGUCUUGAUGGACCUGCUGCACAGUCUUCCACCAACAUCAGUUUCAUGUGAGACUUCCUUCUCGCAGAUGAAGCUGAUCAAGACCAGCAGGAGAUGUAGGAUGAGAUCAUCGACACUCAACACUCUGAUGACUGUGAAGCUACAAGCCCCCUCAAUUACAGACUUUGAUCCUGAGAAGGCCAUUGACAGGUGGUUGGUAACACCUACACGGGCUAGGUCUCUUAACUACAACAGAGGCAAGCACAACCAAUCAGCUGUCAAGACAUCUGAAGUCAUCUGUGUAGUGGAGGAGAAAGAUGUGGAAGAUGCUGAGGAGCAGGAGGAGGAAGAAUCAGACAUUGAAGAGGAGAUCGCUGUCUUCAACAAAGCCAUCGAUCCCGAUGAAGACAGCGAUUACUAUAUUCAUAAUUCGAGUGAAUUACUGAACGUUUCUCAGGAGCAGGUCGAUGUACCAGUGGUGAACGCCGGAAGCCAAAAGAGCUCAUCGUCUACUGAGCUGACCUCAUCGCAGAUAAAGAAGGCCAAAUCUUCAGCUUCGCAGAAGAUGAAGGCUACUACUAUGAAGACUUCAGGGAAGUCUAAGAUCAGCUCUACUCAGAAGACGAGCCAGAUCGAGGGCUAUCAACGAAACUCGCAACUUGAAGUUCAAGAAUUCCUCGACGAAGAAGACCGAAUGAUACACUCCGCUCUACUUAUGCAGAAGAGAGACCAUCAAUUUAUGUCAGAGCACCUAGCAUCCUCCUCACCGUUCCCGUACAACCUUCAUACAGUUGGAAGCCACUCCGCCACUCCGCCGCUCACAAGCAACCUGAUGGCCUUCAACUACGCAGCCGACCAGAUAGAGAAACUGGACGAUGCUAUCAAGACCCUACUCAACAAAGAGGCAAUCUCACCAGAAUUUCCUGCAAUCAAUGGACGAAGACUGCGAAUCAAGUCCCCCAGGGUCCGAACACAGUUCAGCCGAGCAUCCUCGUACCAUGCCGAUGUGAACACCGAGAACAUUCCCGGCAGCGACCAAUCAAAGGCCACACGAUCAGGAUCAACACAUCUGCCUCAUCUAGACCUGCUGCUGAAGAAGAGGGGCAUCUCACGCAGUAACUUCUACAAUUAA